AUGACGACAGGUACUAGUACUACUGCUGCUGAUGAGAUUCCGUUGGUUCUUCAAGACUUGAAGAAGCACUUGCAGUCAUCCCACGGCGAUGACGACAAUCUCUUUGACAAAUCCGCCACGGCCAUGCCGGUCGCGGCCAUCAAGGCGUUGUUGGGAGUCGUCGAACGAUCCCAGGCAACCACCAUGAUGGAAAUGCAAAACGAACUCAAACAAGCCAGCGACUGCAUGAUGAAUGCCGCAACUACCAGUACCGAUGGUCGCUCUCACAGUAUCGCCGUCCGCAGUGGCUGCGAAUUGUUUUUGAAAUACGUCACCCGCACUUUUUUGGAAGAAUUGCCCGAUUUUGAACAAUGUCGACAAGCUGUCUUGACACGAGGCGAACGCUUUGCCGGAAUUUCCUUGGCGGCACGCGAUCGCAUUGCCGAUUUGGCAUCCGAUUUCAUCCAAGAAGGACAAACGGUGUUGACGCAUGGAUGGAGUCGCGUCGUGGCGUCGAUACUGUUGCAAGCGGCGUCCACCAAACAUUUUGAUAUUGUCAUUUUGGAAGGACGACCCGAUGCGGCCGGAGCACGGGCGGCCCAAUUUUACAGUCAACGUGCCAAAAUUCCCACUACGGUUGUCUUGGACUCGGCCAUGGGGUAUAUUAUGGACACCGUCGAUAUCGUCCUUGUGGGAGCCGAAGGAGUAGUGGAAAAUGGCGGGAUUGUCAACAAAAUGGGAACCAACGCAUUGGCGACCUGUGCACAAGCCAAUGGGAAACCAUUCUAUGUCGCGGCGGAGAGCUACAAGUUUGCUCGAUUGUAUCCGCUCCUGCAACGAGACAUUCCCAAUGUGGGCAAUAUCCCCAUGCAGUUUUGCGAUACCACAACAAACACAACAAAAGAAAAGGAAACCUCCUUUGCCCCGGUGGAUCUGUCGUCCGACAAGGUCAAGGUGGAAAAUCCACCCUGUGACUACACACCACCCAAAUUCAUCACUCUGCUCUUUACCGAUUUGGGGGUCCUCACGCCCAGUGCCGUCUCGGAUGAAUUGAUUCGAUUGUAUCAAUAG